CUACAGGGAGGAGGACACUUUCAGGCUGAAGCCCCUCUCCCCCCCAAAAUGAGUCACCAUUCACCUCUGUGUCCGAGAUUCCUAGUGGAAUAACAGAAUGACUUCAAUGUUUCAUCCAUUACAAACUUUUCGCCAUUACACAAUUAAUGACUACAGGCAUAUCAAUGCUAACAGAAAAAGUGCUGUUGAAGUUCUUGAAGAAACAAAACCACUCUAUGUCAAAUCACUAGCUGCUUUAAAAAUACAUAGUCCAGAAGAAAAGCGCUCAGAUGAUAUUUUCUGCACCAAUCGAACAUCCACAAAUAAGAAACAAGAGAGGUCAUGUGAUUUAGAAUCAAAAUUAAGGAGACUUUUAGACUCCAAAGACAGUCUUGGAGAGGAUUUCUGCUAUAAAACUGAAGUUCAAUACAAGAGCCUUCCUGACUUAAGCACAUCAUCACAUGAAAGCUUUGGUAGUACCAUACAGCAUAUUUCUUGCUCUGGUGAAGAUCAGUCUUCAAAAGCCGAUACUUCUUCAACAAUAGACACUGAUUGCUCAAGCAGUGAAAAAAGUUAUGGCAAGCCACCUUCUCUGUCUAAAUCUUGCACAAGUAUGGGAGGAAGUGCUGGGAAGGUUGAAUCUAAGAUAUGGAAAAAUGAAAAAUUGGUUUCAAAAGUUGAAUUAAUUAGAUCCAAAUCUGAUCCUGGUGAAACUCAAAAACAGAAUGAGCUACCCCCUAAACUUGAUGAUUUCUUUCAGUUUUUGGGAUUAUCCAGUCAAAGCUUUAGAAAUUUGACUGCUGCUAGUUCAAAUGGAUCAAAUCCAGUUUUUUUUCCAUCAGAGAGUUCAGCUGAUUCUAGUCCUAAAGGAAGGGGCUCUGAAGUAGAACAAGAUACUGGUUGGGUUAUUUAUAUAUCUUAUAUGUAUAUGUCACCUUAAAAUAUUAUCAAAAGUUUUGUGUUCAUCUAAUUAUAAAUCCUUUUCUUCUUCUGUUUUUUUUUUUAGGUGUAGAUACGGGUCUUUCAAUAGUGGAAAGGAAUGCAAGAGUAAUCAAGUGGCUUGUAGCAUGUGCUAAGUCAUAGCUUGGGAGUGUAGUAUUAUUUCAAUCUGAUUAUCUUAAUGUGCAAUGUAAAUAAUGUAAUUUAAUUUUUAAUUGUUUAAAAUGGACUCUUCAAUCAUAUUUUAUAUUUUAUAAUUUAUUGAGUUAAAUGAAAUCAAAUGAUAUU